UAUAGUUGCAGUGGGAGAAGGUGAAGUGAAAAGGGGAAUUAGGGCAAAAUGGGGAUCCGAUUCGUGUUGAUGGUGAACAAGCAAGGUCAAACGCGUCUCGCCCAAUACUACGAAUACCUCACUCUUGAAGAAAGGCGAGCCCUUGAAGGUGAAAUCGUUCGCAAAUGCCUCGCCCGUAACGAACAGCAGUGUUCUUUUGUAGAGCAUCGCAACUACAAAAUUGUGUAUAGGCGCUACGCAUCUUUGUUUUUUCUAGUUGGAGUUGAUGAUGAUGAGAAUGAGCUGGCUAUUUUGGAGUUUAUACAUCUCUUGGUAGAAACCAUGGAUCGUCAUUUUGGCAAUGUGUGUGAGCUAGAUAUCAUGUUCCAUUUAGAAAAGGCACAUUUUAUGUUGGAGGAAAUGGUCAUGAAUGGUUGUAUUGUGGAGACAAGCAAAUCAAAUAUUCUGACUCCAAUUCAGCUGAUGGAUAAAACAUCUUGAAGGAGAAAAAAGAGAGUAUAUGCAGUGAUUUGUGUGUCAUUAUUGACUCUGUUCUUUGUACAAUAAAGUAGAAAAGAUAAUCUCCAAUUUUCUUUAUGAAAGAAAAUUUGAGUGUUGUUCAUUUUGUUUUAUUUUUUUCGCUCCCCUUGUAUGAAUGGAUUGUGUAUAUUUUUUGUCAAGAAAAGAAGUUUGACCCUUGGUAUUAGCACAAUACCCGAUAAGUUGAAAAUUUCAAAUCCAUGACAUGAGGUACUCCCUGCCCCUGCUCACCGACCAAUUGAGGUGUAGCUUAUGGUUAUAUAUAUUAACAUCACCCCUUAGUCAGAUUUAGUGCCUGUUGUACAAAGGGCCGUUGUGCGUGCUGACACUAAAGUGUGGCAUUUUGAAUUCAUUGAGCUAGAUGGGUUGUAAUUGGUAUAGUGGUAUUUGAAAAGAUAUCUUGGGGCUCCCUAAAGUGUGCAUGGUAUCAUUGUCAUUAUGAAUAUACACCCCAAAAUUGUGAAACCCAAAAAAUGUAUACAAUUAAGAUGUGAUCAUAGUUGGAUCAAGUCUUCUAUCAUAAAAUUAGUUGCCUCCACAGCACCACCAGCGAUGAGAACCAAUCCACAAGUGAUGUGUAAACGAUGACGUCAUUGUAUCAUUGUAUCACUUGUGUUACAGAGUAGAUUGUUAAUAGUGGUUAUAUUAAUAUUGAUAACAGGCUUACACGACUCGUUUUCUAGCUGAAGGGAGCUGUCUAGAUAUUAAUUCUUGUGUAGACAUGGCCUGCAAAAGGACUCUCCUAUAAUUGACUCUCGAGCUUGUGUCUUGAAUGCAAAUUCCGUCAGAAUACGUUAUAAAUGGAACAAAAGUUGGGGGUGAUGAUUCGCAUUCUAAUGACUAUGAUUUCUAAACCAAAUAAUGUACUGAGAAGAGUAUUUUACAUGCUUUAGUUUCCAUAGACGUUAUAUUGCAGGUCGGUUGGCUAUGUACAAUAAUUUGAGGUUGUUAC